AUGUCUCACACUCCUCCUCACUCGCCGCGUCCCCUGCCCGGCAGCCGUGACCGUACUCCAGAACUCACUACUAAACGUGAGAAGCGUCAUCGCGAAGAUGACGAUAAUGAUCGUGACAGAAGGUCCAAGCGCCGUGACGACGAUCGUGACCGAAGCCGCGAGCGCCGCCGCCGCUACGAUGAUGACGAAGAUGACGACCGUGAACGUCGCCGCCGCCGCGAGCGCGAGCGCGACAGGGAUGAUGACCGCCGCCGUGACCACAGCCGUAGCCGCGACCGCGAUCGCCGUAGGGACCGCUCGCGUUCGCGCGAGUACCGCCACCGCUCCCGCUCUCGUGACCGUUCUCGUGACCACCGCCGUCCCCGCGACGACUCGCGCGAACGCGAGCGUGCGCGUCUUAGAGCCAUGACACGCGAGGAAAAGGAGCGCGAGCGCGAGCGGCGUGAUCGUGAGAUGCGCGAGGAGCGGCGCGAACUCGCCCGGCGCGAAGGUCGCGAAUACAACUCUCCUCGCCGCAGAUCAUUGUCCCGCGAGGCGAGUCAGCUGCUUGAAGAGGUCGAUGCAGAGGCUCGCUCGGUAUUCGUUUCGCAGAUUGCUGCACGUCUCACCAGUCAGGACUUAGGUCACUUCUUCGAGGACAUGCUUGGCCGCGGGUCGGUUCGCGACGCCCGUAUCAUUACCGAUAAGGGACGACGCUCCAAGGGCAUGGGUUAUGUAACACUCCGUAGUCCUGACCUGGUCAACAAGGCGCUCAACCUCUCAGGCAAGGUGGUGGUCGGUAUCCCCAUCCUUGUAGGGCUCACGCCGGCCGACUCAUACGAGGGAAUGUCGCUCAAGGCUGUCAUUGCAAGCAUUCGUGGACAACGUGAGACCCAGAAGGAGCUGCACGCUAGCCGUCCGCGUGGACCGCGCUACCCGCCCAUUACGCCAGGUGCUAUCCCUUCGAGCAUCGACCCGAACGCGCACGCCGGUGCAGCGAUCCCGUAUCACCGUCUGUAUAUCACCAAACUCUCCGACACGCUCUCUAGGGAUGACCUCAGACAGGUGUUUGACCCGUUCGGCGAGAUCGAGUUUGUCGACCUGCACGUCGACCACGCGGGAGCAUCCAAGGGAACCGCGUACGUUCAGUUUGCUGAGCUCUCUGCUGCCCAGAUGGCGCUUGACGCCAUGAACGACUUUGAGCUCGCUGGCGAGAAAAUCCAGGUGCAGCCGGUCGAGGAGCGCAACGCACAGUUCGAGAACAUGGAGGGUGACCAGCGCCGCGGCGGACGCCUCGAUGCGGCGGGCCGCAUGGAGCUCAUGAAGAAGCUUGCGCGCACGGACGACGCUUCCCGCCCGCGCGUGGCGCCGCCUCCCAAGCCCGAGGCGCAGCGGCCGACCCACUUCCUGAUGGUGAGCAACAUGUUCAACCCAGACGAGGAGACCGAGCGUAACUGGGACACGGACUUGGCCGAGGACAUACAGGACGAGGUGAACGCAAAAUACGGGCGCGUCGCGCGCAUCAAGGUGGACAAGAUGAGCCAGGGCGACGUCUACAUCGAGUUUGCCGACCUUAACGGCAGUGAACGGGCGCGUGUGGGUCUGCAGGACCGCUGGUUUGGCGGCCGCAAGCUGCAGGCGCAGUUUAUCUCUGAGGCGCUUUUCAAGGCGCACCUCUAGGACAUGGGUGCGCGUGAGUGCGGGGGUGGGAGGUGUCGUGUGCAAUGCUAGUAAGUGUGUGAGUGCGAUAUGACAUGAUAGACUGCGAUGCAAGGUUUGGUCUCAGUU